AUGGAAAUUGCCCUGGAAACGUUGAAUCAACCAACGGAUGAGUACCUUAGGAUUCAGAUGGUAUGUUUGUUAAGGAACUGUUUACAGGAGGCAGUGACGGACUUUGCAUUUAUCGUGGAUGAUUUUCCAAACUUCAACAUUAUCAUCAGUCGACCAAAAGAUCUAACUUCGAGCUCCUCUGAAGCAUGGCCGCUUUACUGGUGCUUCAUCUUCUACAUACUCAGAGAAGACAAGAAUGAUGCGUUAUUCAGAAAAAUGAUGUUGAAUAAUGAUGUCAUUGAUUGGACUCGGAAUACAGAAAAAUCGUUGUUUACGUAUGGACUAUCUGAAACACAAAAAUCUAUAUUCGAUGAGGUCGCUCAGACAUAUGGUUGGGUUACUUGGGGUGAAGGUCUGGAAGGAAAGACAUUCUCAAUACAGGAGGAUGACAUUAACAAUGCCUUAAUAGAAGUACCAUCUAUGAAGCAGUUAACUUGUUCAACACUGCGCCUUGAUGAAGCCGUUCUAGUUCAGCGGCGCUGGCAGCAUAUCCAUGCAGAUGACCCGAACGUCACAACAAAAAUAGAGUUCUGCAUUAAAAACUUUCCAAAUAUAUGUCUAAGGAAUGAUAAAGAUGAAGUUAUUGCGCAUAUGUUGACUGCAUGCAAUGGUGAGAUGCUGAUGCUAAAUGUGACCGAAUCCCAUAGACGUCAAGGACUUGGUACAGCUGUGCAGUUAUUGCUGUGUAGAAAAAUAUACGAGCAAAAUGAACGACCGUUUUGGAUAGUGUUAGCAAAAAAUGAGCAGUCUUUACAGAUGAAUGCAAAAAUGGGUGCUAAACUCUUAGAUAAUGGGAAGAUAGUGUACGGAUAUAGAUAUAAAUACAUUGACUAAAUAUUCUAAAUUGUGAUGGAUGACACUCCCUAAAAUUGGGUAGUAAAUUGGGGAACAUGUUAUUUAUCCUGGUUAGUUGCGAUUAUCUUUCAUAUAUAAGUUAGACCUUGUCUUAACCCUACGUGUGUCUCUAUUAAAUCUUAGUGCGUCUAAAAACUCAACAAAGAAAAACAUUACCAUAAAUUCAGUGAUAAUUACAUCAAUUUCAUUUAGUUUAUAAUGAAGCCACAUGUCUCCUCUUUCAAAUGAUAUGUCAAUUGGAUCAUGGACCACUGAUUAAUCAUUAUUUCUUCGCACAUAGGUGAAAAUACCAUUGUGCCAAGUUUGAAACAUCCUAAUUCAACUGAUCCUUAAUAUGCAAGCAGGUAAAUCGUUAUGUAAUUGGGGUAAGGAAUUAACUUCUGGUCACAAGGCUUACAUGGCAUACAUUUCAGACUUAGUUCUCCUAAGAAAAAAUGAUUUCACUUAAUGUGUUUAUCGGUAUCCAUGAUAGUUGAUAAUUUAGUUAACAGCGUCAUCAAACAUAUGGAAAAAAGAAGUGGCAGUGGCAUUAUCAAAACAGUCAAUUAAAGUCACUAUCAUUUUCUGUUUUCUUAAGAAUUAUAACUCGUGCAAACUACAUUUCAUGCCCAUCAUUUCUCUGCAAGUAGAUAUUGGCUCUUCUCUUCAUGUCACGCAUAGCUCUUUGAAUCAUAUGCGGGUUCUGGUAGAGAGCAGCAAUCUCAUUGCUGAUUCUUUGGCGUAGUGUGCUAUGUCUAAACCUUGGUCCAGGGUAGAUGUUUGACCAUUGUGCAAAAGGAAUGAUUAUUCAGUGGUCCGGGGUCAUAUAUGAAUGAAUGACAUAUCAUUGGAAAGAAGAGACACGUGUCUUCAUGUUUAACUAAAUGGAAUAAAUGUAGGUAUCACUGAUUUUGUGAUUUUGCAAUAUUUUGCUUGUUGCGUUUU